CGUCAACGCAGUGACGUCAACUCAACUCAAGUCAUACUUUUUAUUGAUAAUUGGUAUUUUUAAUUUUUAUCUUGCUCACCGUUUUCUAAACAAGUUUGCGAAGUGUCUAAUCAUUUGUAAAUAUAACAAUUUAAAGAAAUAAUACGAUAACUAAUAUUGCUAUUCACUACCAAGGUUUAUUAGCGAAGUAUUAAGUAAGUUUGCUACAAAAUUAUCAUCAUGCACCUUGGCGUGAAUAUAUCUAAUGCCUUACAACAAUUAGAAAGUGUAAAGGCUGCUGUUGAUCAAAAUGAUGAUCCGAAACUCAAGGCUGCAACAAGCGAUGAUUUAAAUAUGCUUAUCAAUUUGUUGGAGAGUCCAAUAUUGAGAAGUAUAGCGACUUUGCAUGACUCAGUUGCAAUGUUGGCCACCCAAGUUGCUCACCAUCCUUCAAUGCUUCCUGGCGAUUUUGAUAUCACUCCUGCUGGUGAUUUGGCAUUACAAACUAGAAACCUAUAUGGUUCUCAUGAGGGAGAGGAGGAGCAACGUGUUCCGCAGGUUUCACCACCAAAUAGUCUGGAGUUUGGAUCAAAUUCCGACAAUGAACGCAUGUUAGGACUAGAUACAGCAUCUGUUGACUCCAGUAUGUCUCCAAAGCAGAAUCGUGGCAUACUGGAUUUGUCACGUAAUGAUGAUUCCUUAGCCUCUGCUUCAACUAACAUUGUCGCUGGAGACUGGGCACAGGUUGAAAUUAUAAACUUAGUGAAUGAUGGCACCGGACUUGGAUUUGGUAUAAUUGGUGCUAGGACUCGUGGGGUUAUUGUAAAAACAAUACUAGCUGGAGGUGUGGCAGACCGUGAUGGCCGUCUCAAGUCAGGAGAUCACAUACUACAGAUAGGCGAUGUGAGCCUGGUGGAGAUGGUGUCGGAGCAGGUGGCGGGCGUGCUGCGCGCGUCGGGCUCCCGCGUGCGUCUUGUGGUCGCGCGCGCCGUCGACCCCGCCGCAGUACAGCCCUCUGUCGCACCCGUCGUGCCCGCCAGGUUACUAUCUAACCCUGAAGCAUUAGAUCGUUAUCUUUUGGAUACUGGUUUCGAACAAGUAUUCAAUACACAGCCCUCGCUGCUGUCCCACACCAGCACCGCACCCGCUAGGUUCGUCUUCGGCAGCUCCGUCACUCCGCCGCCGGAAACUGAUGCUGAAUCGCCAGAAGUUGAUAGAUUCACUGUGCAAUUGAAGAAGGACGAAAAUGGAUUGGGAAUUACUAUAGCAGGGUACGUGUGCGAGAAGGAGGAGCUGUCGGGCAUCUUCGUGAAGUCUGUGACGGCGGGCAGCGCGGCGGCGCAGAGCGGCGCGGUGCGCGUCAACGACCGCAUCGUGGCGGUGGACGGCGCCUCGCUCGCCGGCAAGUCCAACCAGCGCGCCGUCGACGCGCUCAAGCAGAGCGGCAGCCUCGUCACCCUGCAGCUCGAGAGAUAUCUCCGCGGCGAGAAGUUCGAACAGCUGCAGCAGGCAAUCGCGGCGGGGGAGACGGCGAGCGCGGCGCCGCACAACCCCUUCCUGCACAUGCACCGCCCUGACCCGCGCCUUGCGCCGCACAACGCCCUCGCCCCCCUCGCACACGACCUGCCCAUGAUGCAUCUCCACUCUUCUUCGGAGCCGAAGGAAGAGGAAGUGGAGGCGGGCGCCGCGCCGCGCACGCCCACGCCGCCGCCCGCCUUCGAGAUGCCGCGCACACACGAACAGAAGGAGGCCAUACGACGCAAGUGGCAGGCCAUUCUAGGCGAUGAGGUGGAGAUAGUGGUGGGCGUGGUGGUGCGCGGGGGCGGCGGGCUGGGCAUCUCACUGGAGGGCACGGUGGACGUGGAGGGGGGCCGCGAGGUGCGCCCCCACCACUACGUGCGCAGCGUGCUGCCCGAGGGGCCCGUAGGCCGCGCCGCCGUGCACCGCCCCGGGGACGAACUGCUCGAGGUGAACGGUCACCGUCUGCUGGGCAUGAACCACCUGGAGGUGGUGUCGAUCCUGAAGGAGCUGUCGAGCGAGGUGUGCAUGGUGUGCGCCCGCCCCCGCGCCGCCCCCGCCGCCCCCGCACCCGCCACCGCCCCCGCACCCGCACCCGCACACCUCGCGCUCGACCUCGCCCCGCCCGCACACACGCUCGUCAAGGCGAAGUCCGACGGCAGCCUGGCGGGAGCGGGGGGCGCGGCGGCGGGCGCGGCGGGCGAGGAGGGCGCGCUGGCGGGCGGCAAGGCGCGCUCGCGCAGCCUGGAGCCGCUCACCGGCCUCGCCAUGUGGGCCUCCGAGCCGCAGAUCAUCGAGCUGGUGAAGGGCGAGCGCGGGCUUGGGUUCUCCAUCCUGGACUACCAGGACCCACUGCGGCCUGCCGCCACGCUGGUGGUGAUCCGCUCGCUGGUGCCGGGCGGCGUGGCGCAGCAGGAUGGCCGCCUUAUCCCCGGCGACAGGCUGCUCUUCGUCAACGAUCAGAACUUGGAGGACGCGAGCUUGGAGCAGGCGGUGGCUGCGCUGAAGGGAGCGCCGCGAGGGCUAGUGCGCAUCGGCGUGGCCAAGCCGCUGCCCCUGGCCGACGCCCCGCCGCCGCUGCCCGCCUCCGCGCCCCCCGCACCCGCACCCACCCUCACAGACUGAACCCACUAACAUAUCGAUGGGGGGAAAGGCUAAACCCGGUUUUGAACAAUUCUGUUGUUUUGGAUUCCGAAUCUUUAUAUACUAGCUUUCGCCCGCAACUCCGUCCGCGCGUAAAAAAAAA